GUCGUGAUCAUUGUGACAAAAAUUUACCAUCUAUUGACCCAUCCUUUAGAUAACUUUUUUCGAAAAGAUACGCACGCAGCACGCAUAUUAUCUUUUAUCUGGUAUUAGCCGGAUAAAGCAUCAACAAGCGAACAAUACACAUGACGCCAUCAAUUUUAGUCUGCUAUAGGGUGGCGUUAUAAUGCAUCAUAACCUGCAAUCCAAUUAGAUUUUAUAUUGUUUAUAAAAAAAUUAUUUCGAUAGUUAUAAUACAAUCAUGUUAUACUAUUGUCUAUUAUUUUGCUUGUUACUAAAUGCAAUUUAUUGCGGCCCUGAAGAACAAGAGGGAGUCAAAUAUGCAGAUAAAUGCGAAGUUUGUAAAGUCGUGGCUACGGAGUUGGAGGCAAAAUUAGAUGAAACUGGAAAAACCAGUGAUGUUUUGGAGAUUGGAUACUCAAUAGAUGAUGUGGCUCCAAGAAAAAGAAAAGAAUAUAAAAAAUCAGAACUUAGGUUAAUUGAGUCAUUAGAAAAUGUUUGUGCCAGAAUUUUAGAAUAUAACAUUCAUAAGGAGAGAUCAGAUAGUACUAGAUUUUCCAAAGGCAUGAGUCAAACUUUCAAAACUUUACAUGGACUUGUAGAUAAAGGAGUAAAAGUUGAUUUAGGAAUCCCUUAUGAAUUAUGGGAUAAGCCAUCUGUAGAAAUAACAAUAUUGAAAACUCAGUGUGAAGAUUUGAUAGAGAAUUAUGAGUCUGAUAUUGAAGACUGGUACUACAAACAUCAAGGAGACAUUCCUUUGACCAAGUAUUUGUGUUCAGAACGUGCUUCAAAGGGAGAUGAUGCAUGUUUAAAGGAAAAGGGAGACACUGGAGCAACGGUAACACAAAAGAAAACUGAAAAGUCUCAACAGAAAAAUGAAUUGUAAUUGAUGUAAAAAGUUUAUCUUUUUGUUAAAGUAAACAUUGAGAUUCCAUAAAGCUGCCUGAAGUUCCACUAAUACUGAAAACAUGAACAAUUAAGUGAUAUUUUCAAAGAAAAAGAAUACUUAUGUAUAUACAUGUUAUUAAUGUUAGUUCCAUAUCUUAGGAGUAAAUUUUGUUUCAUUGUCAUCAAUGGAAAGCAAUGAAAGAACUGCAUUUUAUAUUGUAUUUUAUUUUGUUUUAUAACAACGUUUUUUAAUAAAUAUUGAAUUCCAUAAAAUA